GAGCAAGUAGGACCUGAUCCAAUUUUUAACCCUCACCUCCUCAUUCCAAACAGAAAAGAUUAACUUCAGAGGCAGCUGAGAACUCCCACUACAGACACAUCAAGGGGUGUGCAGUGCAGGGACAGGAAGAAACGAGGACUUUUGUCUCUGGGAUUUUUGCGGACCGGGGGUGCACUUUCGUAUGCCCUGCAACGCUUUUGCAGAGCCCGGGAUUUGCAGGGACCGAUUCUGGGGGCUUCGGGGACGCGGGAUUCUGUGCAGCAAGCCUCGGGGGGCUAUGUCUUAAAUCGGAGCAGAUGAUGGCGAUGAGAAUGUGGCUCACGUUGGUAGCAGUGAUCGAGGCUGUUCUCACAUCUUCCUCGGAGGCUCAGACACAGAAAGUAACUUGCAAAAAUGUCUUUGCUGCUGAUAUUGUCUACCUCGUGGAUGGCUCCUCGAGCAUCGGAAGAGUGAACUUUGAAGAAGUCAAAGAUUUCAUUGAAGCAACCAUUCAACCAUUUGUAGAUGUAAUUAGUCAAAAUGCAGUUAGAGUUGGCCUGGUACAGUACAGUGAUGACCCAAGGGUUGAGUUCUCUUUUGAGGACCACAGCAAUGGAUCCCAAAUACUGACUGCCAUCCGCAAUUUGCGUUAUAAAGGUGGGAACACAAGAACAGGGGCAGGAUUGAAAUACAUAGCAGACAACUUCUUUGGAUCUGCCAAACUGAGGCGCAUUGUGCCGAAGAUUGCUAUCUUGAUAACAGAUGGAAAAUCACAGGAUAAUGUUGAACGACCAGCCUUGAAGCUACGGAGCCAAGAUGUUAAAUUGUUUGCAGUUGGGAUUAAGAAUGCAGAUAAGAAGGAACUUGAUGACAUUACUUCGACACCGGCCAAGGAAUAUUCCUUUUUUGUGAAUGACUUUAAGAUCCUCCGGACUCUCACACCACUCAUUUCGAGGAGGGUUUGCUCCAUCACUGGUGGAUCCCUGGAUGCACCAGAGGUUACUCAAGUGCCUAAUGGCCCCUCAAAUCUGAUCUUCAGCGAUGAGGGCUUUGAAUCAAUGCGAAUUCGAUGGACUGCAGCACAUGGGCCUGUGACGGGCUACAAAGUUCAGUACACUCCCCUCAGUGUUCUGGGCCUUCCAGUUUCUGCUGAGCUCCAAGAGAUUACUGUCCACGCAGGAGAAAACAUGGCUUUUUUACAAGGACUGAAGCCGGCAACUGAAUAUCUGGUCACAGUGAUAGCUCAGUAUGCAAACAGCAUCGGGGAAUCCACUGCGGGCAAGGGUAGGACAAAGACCCUCCCUGGAGUUUCGAAUUUCCGAGUGGCCAAAGCUGGACACUUCAGGCUGAAAUUGGCAUGGAAACCGCCCGCACUUCCUCUGCAGGGAUACCGGCUAACCUACAAGAUGAGAGGAGACACAGACACGCAGCUGCAGGAGAAGACCUUGAGAUUGAAUGCCAUCUCCUUCAUCCUCGAAGAGCUACUUCCAGACACAGAGUACGACAUUACCAUUCAUCCCAUCUACCCCAGGAAUACAGCAGAACCAACCUCAAUCUCUGGCAGGACUUUGCCUCUGGAAUUGGUGCAACAACUGACCGUUCAAAACGUGACUCCGCAGAGUGUGCAAGUGACAUGGAGAAGUGUGAGUGGAAUUUCAGGCUAUCGGCUGAAGUGGGGACCAUCAGCAGGAAGGGAUGUCCUGACAGUCAAUCUGGAACCAUCAACGAGAUUAUACCAUAUCCAAGGCCUUUUGCCAAACACCGAUUAUACAAUAACAAUAACUGCAUUGUAUGGAAGAAUGGAGGGGCCUCCUGCAAAUACCAGGGUGAAAACAGAUGUGGCAGGAGGGCUGCUUUUAAGGACAGCUGUGAUCAGUCCAACUGCUAUUCGUGUGACGUGGAACCUCCAACGCGAUGCCAGUAGCUACAGGAUAGAGUGGAGGAAGGCCACAGAGGAACAGACGCAAUCUCACAAAGCCGUGCUGGCUGCCACCACCAACAGCUAUGACAUUAUCAACCUCUCUCCUGGUACUGAAUAUGCCAUAACACUCUACACACUGUACAAUGGCAGGGAAGUAGCGACCCCAGCGACCAUGUCAAAGACAGUGGAAAAGGAAAUCCCACUGGGCACCAUCACAAGUCUGAGAGCAGUGGAUACAACUCGAGGCCGGAUUCGGAUCAGCUGGACUGCAGUACCAGGAGCAACAGCUUAUAAAAUUGUCUGGAGAGAUCAAACAGGAUAUGAGAUAACCAGAAUUGUGUCACAUGAUGUAACAACAUUUGACAUUGAUCGAAUACAACAAGGGGCAACAUAUUACAUCAAUGUGUCACCACUUUCUGGAGGCAGAGAAGGAAAUCCUGUCAGCGUUGUGGCUCAGGCAGAUACAGCCAUUGAGCGUGUGACGGAGCUCCGUUCCCUUGAGACUCGGAAUAAUCAGGUCCGAAUAGCGUGGCGAGGAGUGUCCCAGGCUACAGCGUACAAGGUCAUGUGGAAACGCGCUGACGGAACCGAGGAGAGCAGAGUGCUGAGUAGCUCCAUCAACACGUUUGAUGUGGAAGGUUUGCAGCCGAAUUCUGUGUACGUGAUUGGAGUUUCAGCAGUGGUGGGAAACAGAGAGGGGCCUCUCACCACUGUCACUGUGAGAACUGAACCGCUCGUGGGUGGUGUGACGAGUCUGCGAGUAGUUGAAACACAGAGCUCACGGAUUCGAAUCAGCUGGGUUGGCUUUGCCACGGCAACAGCGUACAGGGUCACAUGGCGCCGUGCUGAUGGUGUCAAGGACAGUCAGAUUCUGAGCAGAGAUACCAGCGCUUUCGAUAUUGAGGGGCUGCAGCCCAACACUGUGUAUGCAAUUGACGUCUCGGGACUGGUUGGAUCCAGAGAGGGAAACGUCAUGACAGUGACUACGAAGACCAAUCCCAUUGUUGGCGAUGUGACCAAUGUGCGAGUGGCUGAGACUCGACGUAACAUGCUGCGGAUCACGUGGACCGGAGUAGGCACGGCAACUGCGUAUAAAAUCACAUGGAAAAGCGCUGAUGGAGUUGAGGAGAGCAGCACGGUGAGUGGAGAUGUCAAAUCAUUUAACAUCCAGAAGUUAAAACCCAACACUGUGUAUGCAGUCAGAAUCACUCCAAUAGUUGGAAAUAGAGAAGGGAUUCCUGCCACAAUUAUGACAAAGACUGCCUCGAAAGAGGGCCAGGUAGCCGGCGUCAGUGAUGUUCGAGUGCUCGAAGCCCGUAGUGAUGUCCUGCGAGUGUCUUGGGUCGGGGUUCCCGAAGCCACGUCUUACCGCAUCAGUUGGAAGCGCAGUGAUGGAGGACCUGAGAUCACUAGAGUUGUACCCGGAGACGUAACGACAUUUGAUAUUGCGGAUUUGCAAGGCGGAGUUAACUACCUCGUGAAAGUUGUUGCGUUGAUCAGGAACCGAGAAGGACAGCCUGUCACAAUAACGGCAACCACCCCUGCUGUUGAACGUCCUCUGGGAGCAGUUCAGGGUCUCCGCAUCAUCGGUUCAACGACCAAACGGAUUCAGAUCACUUGGAGUAGUGUGCCAGGAAGCUCUGGAUACAGAAUCCAAUGGAGACUGGCAGAAGGUGGCCCGGAGACCACUCGGCUGGUUACGGCAAACACUGACACUUUUGACAUCUUGAACCUGCAGCCAGGGAUGAGCUACAUCAUUCAAAUCUCCUCACUUUUCGGGAACCGUGAAGGGACCCCUACAACAAUUACAGCUGCUACAGCUCAGGCUGAGAAGGUGCAGGGUUUCCGAGUGACCGAUGUCGACAUUGGCAAAAUGACGCUGGGCUGGUCCCGUGUCCCUGGAGCUACCAGCUACAUCCUAUCUUGGAGACUCACUACCUCACAAAAAGAACAGCAAUCUGUCACUGUACCAGAAACUAUCAGUACCUACCAGAUCACCGACUUGCAACCUGGGAGAGAGUAUGUUUUCACAAUCCGGCCAGUGUUCGGAACUGAAUUUGGACCUGAAACGUCCAUUACAGAGAAACCUGUGUGCAACAGAGCACGAGCUGACAUCGUGUUCCUGGUCGAUGGCUCCUGGAGUAUUCAAGAGAACAACUUUCAGAAAGUGAAACAGUUCCUGUACAACGUGGUCUCUCAUCUACCCCGCAUUGGAGCCGAUGCCACUCAGGUGUCAGUGGUUCAGUACAGCGAUGAUUCCAAAAUUGAAAUUCCACUUGGCCGAUUUGGUACCCAUCAGGAAUUGCUCCAGGCCAUAAGAGAACUCCCGUACCAAGGCGGUGGGACUCAAACAGGGAAGGCGAUCAAUUUUGUCCUGGAUUACGUAUUCCACCAGGCAGCUGGGAGACGCCCUGGUGUGCCAGCCCUACUGGUUCUGGUGACGGAUGGGCGCUCAGAUGACGGAAUUACAGAAGCUGUCAGGACGGCAGAGGCAGCAGGCAUCCAUCUGUUUGCUGUUGGUAUCGGCGAUGCGGACGUUAACGAACUGCAGAGAAUUGUUACUGGCAGAGACCCCAAAAACAUUGUCUAUGCAGAGAACUUCAACUCACUCACUCAGUUUGAAGGGGCUCUGGCCAACGUAAUCUGUGUGGCUGCUAGCAGACCAGUGAUGCCAGCACCAGGCCAUUGUGUUACCCAGUGCCCUCAGGGUGAGAAAGGGGAGCCAGGAAGAAACGGUUCCCCUGGACUGCCAGGCCCUCAAGGCCCAGUGGGUCCAAUCGGACCGCCAGGGAUCCCAGGAACCAUAGACGGAGGGCACCGAGGGGCAAAGGGCGAAAAAGGAGAUCCAGGAUACCCAGGAAGAGACGGCCAACCAGGAACGCCGGGCAGAACGGGUCAUCCAGGCUCAACGGGACUGCCAGGGAACCAAGGUACCCCAGGAUUGAGAGGAGAGAGGGGGGAGCCCGGGAUACCAGGACGAACUGGGCCUCCAGGUCCAAAGGGAGAAAAGGGUGAACCGGGCACGCACAUUACAACUGGCGGAGGCUAUCCUGGCAGGAAGGGCGAGCCGGGUAAUCCAGGCGCUCGUGGUCCACCUGGGUUUCCUGGACAAAGAGGUGACAAUGGUUCCCCUGGUCAAGUCGGGCCACAAGGUCCGAUUGGCCCACCAGGACCUCCUGGGAGGCCUGUCAAGGGGGAAAAGGGCGAACCAGGUGAGAGAGGUUCGGUAGACGGAGCAGGCCAGAAAGGAGAGCCGGGCCACCCAGGAAGCUCUGGUGAGCCUGGUAGUCCGGGACCAAGAGGACCUCCUGGGUCAACAGGACCGAAAGGUGAAAAGGGCAACGCAGGUGAAGGUUUCUCAGGACCACCAGGCCGCCAAGGAGAACCAGGUGACCGGGGUCCCAGAGGACCUCAGGGUGAACAGGGUGACAAGGGUGACAGAGGCCAGCCAGGGGAGACUGGUUUGUCAGGAUCCAGGGGAGAGAGAGGCCCUCCAGGACCAUUAGGACCGAAGGGAGAUCGAGGACUAAUCGGACCACCUGGUGUGCCAGGAUCAGUCGGGUUGCCAGGUCCUAGUGGUCCCAGAGGUGAAAAGGGAAACGAGGGGAGACAAGGAGAACCAGGGCGGUCUAUCACUGGCCCACCAGGAAGCAAAGGUGACCGGGGCGAGCGCGGACCACCAGGAAUCCCAGGAGAGAAGGGAGCAAAAGGCAGUCCAGCAGAGAAAGGCAACAAGGGUGAGACUGGAUAUGGUAUCCCAGGGCAACCAGGACCCAAAGGUGAUCCAGGUGAAAGGGGGAAUAUUGGGCUUUCUGGGAGACCAGGAGAAAAGGGAGAUCGAGGACAAAGUGGAGAGAAAGGGGAGCCUGGCAGAAUGGGAUUGCCUGGAUCAAGUGGACCCCGUGGGAAAGAGGGCGAAAAGGGGAACAAAGGCGAUGAAGGGACAUCGGGAGAGACUGGAUUACCAGGGCGGACUGGGGAGAGAGGACUUCGAGGUGUCCCUGGAACUGAUGGUGCCCCAGGAGUGAAAGGAGAUGCUGGUGAACCAGGACGGGCUGGAAGAGAUGGUAUCAGGGGUCCUGCAGGAUCAAAGGGAGAUCAAGGCGAUAAGGGAGAGAAAGGAACUCCAGGACCUCCCGGACCUCCUGGAAAACUGAUCAAUUUGGAAGACAGAAUACCAGGAGUUAAAGGAGAAAAGGGUGAUCCUGGCAAGCCUGGCGAAUCUGGGUUGAGAGGUCCCAGAGGGGAGACUGGCCUCCCUGGCCUAACAGGUGAUCGAGGUUUGGAAGGUCAAAGAGGUCCCCCAGGCCCACAGGGAGAUCAAGGUCCAAGAGGAUUCCCAGGGGAAAAGGGUGACCGAGGACCACCAGGGCUGGAAGGCAGAAGUGGGCAAGAUGGGAAGAGUGGACCACCCGGGCUCCCUGGAUUGAGGGGCGAGCAAGGGAAACAAGGGGAACCUGGCAGAGAUGGUUUGCCCGGCCUGAGGGGAGAACAGGGACCGCCAGGAGCAGCAGGCCCUCCUGGAUUGUCAGGAAGUCCGGGUAAACCAGGGAUUGAUGGAAAGCCAGGACCUCCUGGAAAGAGUGGAGAGAACGGGAUUCCAGGAGAGGAUGGAAAGAAGGGCGAGAAAGGCGAUCCAGGAAGCCCUGCAAGAGAUGGUCGAGACGGUGCUAAGGGUGAUCGUGGAGAUGCUGGGCUGCCAGGACUCAUUGGUCCACCUGGACUUCCAGGUGUGAUCGGACCUCCAGGACCACCUGGGCAGGUCUUAUUUUUCAAAGGGCUUGAACCAUCCUCCCCAAUAGCAGGACCACCGGGACCCUCAGGAACACCGGGAAUACCAGGUAUCCCAGGAACCUCAGGGCAACGUGGAGAGAAGGGAGACGCUGGUGCCAAAGGUCAGAAGGGUGAAAGUGGUUUGGAUGGGAAGCCAGGAGCACCAGGGACAGCUGCUCAUGUCGAAGAUGCUCUAUCAAACUUCGGGCUCAAGAUUUCAAUCCUGCAGGAUAUAGUGAAACAUCGUGAUGAUAUCCUACAUCCCAAAGAGGUGGGGAAGAAAGGACAGAAAGGUGACCCAGGUGAACAAGGCCAACAGGGGGCAAAGGGUAACAUUGGAAUGCCCGGCGAAAGAGGGUUUAAAGGGGACAAAGGAAGCCAAGGCCCCCCGGGGCCCCAGGGACCACCAGGCCUUGCAGUGUCAGAACGAGGUCCUGAAGGGCCUCCAGGUAAACCAGGUGAACCAGGAAAACCAGGUAUCCCGGGACUGCCAGGCCGGGCUGGAGAUAAAGGAGAACCUGCACAUCCUGGAGAGAGGGGGGAGAAAGGCGCGAAAGGUGACCAUGGUGACCCCGGGCGGGAUGGUCCACAAGGUCCAAGAGGUCUUCCGGGUCCUGUGGCCGAACUGCCAGGAAAAGGUAUUGGUGUGCCCGGGGAAAGAGGACUUCAAGGGCCACAGGGAAUAAAGGGAGAUAGAGGACAAUCCGGAUCAGUUGGACCAAAAGGAGAUAAGGGUGACGUAGGAGCAAAGGGAGACCGAGGUGAAAGAGGCGAAGCUGGUGAGAAAGGCAGGGAUGGUUUUCCGGGGGUCCCAGGGGAACCAGGACUGGAAGGAAAGCCAGGUCGACCAGGGUACAGAGGGCUAUCUGGCCUUCCCGGUAACGCAGGAGACCCUGGCCCACAAGGCCCCCAGGGACCACCAGGGCCGCAAGGACCCCCUGGCCCACCUGGAGUAAAGGGAAACCAAGGUGAUCAAGGCCUGAGCAUUCAAGGCCCAGCUGGUCCACCUGGUAACAUGGGACUUCCAGGAAAUCCAGGCACUCCUGGGGCUGCGGGGCCUCAGGGACCCCCUGGCUUACCAGGACAAGUGGGAGAACCUGGGAAACCAGGGGUGCCGGGGAGAGAUGGAACUCCAGGACAAGAUGGAGAUAAAGGAUUUCCUGGCGAAAGGGGAAGUCCAGGAAUUCCAGGUGCUGUUGGACCCAAGGGGGACACAGGACCCCCUGGAGAGUCAAUUACAGGGUUGCCUGGAGCCAAAGGAGAAAAGGGAGAAUCCGGAGUGGUAUUGCCUGGAGGCACGGGACAGAGAGGCCUGAAAGGAGACACAGGCAUGAAAGGAGACAAAGGCACUGCCGGUGCGAAAGGACAGAAGGGCUCACCGGGUGAACCAGGAGAACCAGGGCAGGAUGGUUUUAGAGGGCUGCCAGGAGUGAAAGGAGAUAAGGGUGUUACAGGAGUUGGAGAACCAGGCCCAGCUGGACAGCCUGGACCUCCAGGACUGAAGGGUGAUCCUGGUUUCCCUGGACCUCCAGGCCCACCGGGACAGCAAGGCCCUGUAGGUAUCUCAGGACAGCCGGGCCUAAGAGGUGAAGCGGGACUUCCGGGGCCUCAAGGACCGGCAGCAGAGAGGGGUGCUCCUGGGCUUCCAGGGAGAGAUGGAGCAACUGGGCCACCAGGACCACCUGGGCUUCCAGGAUUACAGGGAUUGCCAGGACCACCUGGAUUACAAGGUGUGAAGGGUGAAACAGGGUCAGGAAUGCCUGGACCGAGAGGAGAAAGGGGAGAUCCAGGGCCCCGGGGUGAAGAUGGAAGACCAGGUUUAACAGGAGAACGUGGACUACCCGGGCUUCCUGGCAUUCGAGGAGAAACUGGAUUCAAAGGCGAUUCUGGACCAGUCGGGCAGAAAGGAGAGAAGGGGGAAGCACUGACUGUUCUUGGAACUCCUGGACUCAAGGGAAUCAAAGGAGAGCCCGGGGAGCGUGGCCAGAAGGGAAAUGAAGGACCCAAAGGUGUUAAAGGAGAAGAAGGACCAAGGGGCGACAAGGGACCCAAAGGGGAACAAGGAGACAAGGGUUCGAUGGGCUUCCCAGGAGCCAGAGGUGCUGGUGGACAGAAGGGCGAGGCAGGUGAACCAGGACAACCUGGGAAGCCGGGAAUACCAGGAAAGGAUGGCAGUGAUGGAGUGAAAGGAAUCCGUGGCGACAGGGGAGAAGUAGGACCUCGAGGUUUCAAAGGUGAGAGAGGGGUGAAAGGUGCGUGUGGCCUUGAUGGAGAGAAGGGAAACAAGGGUGACCCUGGUAUUCCUGGCAGGCUCGGAUUCCCUGGCAGAAAGGGGGAACAGGGUGACCCUGGUGCUCCUGGACCCCCAGGUCUCUCUGGGAAAGAAGGUCUCAUUGGACCCAAGGGCGACCGAGGAUUCGACGGUCUCCAGGGAGAGAAAGGAGAACGGGGAGAGAAAGGAGAACGGGGCUUCCCUGGCGUUGUAGGUCCUUCGGGCCUGAGAGGAGCUGAUGGAAUAUCUGGUCCCCCUGGACCUAUAGGCUCACCAGGUCCCAGAGGACCAGAAGGAAUUCAGGGUCAAAAGGGGGAACGAGGCCCUCCUGGUGUGAGCAUUCCAGGUCCCAGAGGAAUUCCAGGAGUCCCUGGAGAGAGAGGAGAUCCUGGUGAAAUGGGUCGUGACGGUCAAAAAGGAGAACAGGGAAAACCAGGAAUGACGGAGGACCAAAUCCGCACGUACGUGCGCCAGGAGAUGAGCGAACACUGGGCCUGCGGAGGUGAGUUACGGCAACCAUUUCUCUUCCUCUUCGGCCCUUCUGGUGCGAUCAGGGAAGGAGCUGAGAGUGGUGGUAAACGGGAAUGAGCCUGACUAUGAACAUUUCUAUACAGUGGAAAGCUACAAUGAACCAACAGAAGAUUACGGAGUGGAACAGGUCCAAAGCUCAGAAAAAACGCGCGAUAAAGUAGACCCUACAACUGCGCCACAACAGGAAAGGUAUAGAAGAGACGCCGCCGAACAAGACCCCUGCCUGUUGGCCCUGGAUGAAGGAACAUGUUCCAGAUACACACUGCGUUGGUAUUACCACAGGAAGACAGACAAAUGUCGACCUUUCAUUUACAGUGGCUGCAUGGGCAAUGCAAACCGGUUCCACACGCAGGAGGACUGUGAACAGAGAUGCAAGAACAACAAAGAGCCAAGCAAGCAAAGAAGAAGCUGAAUAAAACAGCAGGAAGAGUCAGAAAGGUGUAAAUUUUUAAUCAUGGCGACUGAGCAAACAGCAAACGAGGCAAAGUGGGGCAACGUAUCAGAGUGUAUCCUGUUUGUAAUUAGUGAACUUGACAUGAUAAUAUGCAAUUGUUUAAAACAAAAGGUGCUAUUUUUUUUGAUGUUCUCAGAGUUUCUGAAUUAAGAUGGAAUCUUUAUGGAUAGUUAUUGGACAAACACCUCAGAAAACUGUGUGGAUGGGAAUGCGUCACUUCCCGAAUUCUGUUGUGCAAAACCAGCAGGACAGUUAUCACCAGGGUGAUAGAUUGCAGUCAGAUUCACUGUGGAAGUCUUCAUUCGUGACUUUGUUGAAGAGGCAAGGCUUUGAAAUGCUGGCCAUUUUUCCAAAAAUGGCGAUUGCAAACAUAUCUCGGCCAGCUGGAUUCAACAAUGACUUUUCACCUCUGCCAACCUGACUCCUGUCCCUUUAGUACAUAGAUAGCCUGUGGGAUUCUGGGAUCAUAUGAACCCCCUCUCCCCCACUUCUCCUCUGGUAAGGUGCUCAGCACAUUAACACCACCUCAGGCAGAGAGAAGACAUUGUAGAAAUUGGGAACAUGGGAGUGUCUCUGUCCAGGUUAAAGCACUUUGGGCCAAAGAUUUUGUCUGUGUGUACCUGUGCUGUGCCCACACACAAACAAACAAAUCAGGGACAGAAGUGAUAGUAAGAACUGUUAAUGCUGGAGUCUGAGAUAACACAGUGUGGAGCUGGAGGAAGUGAGCCGUUCAGAUCAUUAACUUGCUCUGCCAUUCCAUGCUAUCUUGGAUAAUUGCAAUUGUGAUUGUGCCCUAAUUCCAUAUUCCAACCUGUCCCCACAAAACAUAACUCCCUUGUUCGCCAAGGAUCCGUCUACCUUUAUCUUAAAUAUCUUCAGUGUUUCUGUCUCCACUGUCCCCUGUCAAGGACAGUUCCAAAGAGGCACAAUGCUCUAAUGGAGAAAAGGAAAUCUCCUCAACUUGACCUUAAGUGGGCAACCCCUUAUCCUUAAAGUGUGUCCCCUCCGUUCUAGUCUCUCCCAACAACAGAAACACUCAUUCAGCACCUACUAUGUCCAGUCCCCUCAGGUUCUCAAGUGUUUCAACAUAUUCACCUCUCAUUUUUCUCAACUCCCAAGCCUAACCUGUCCCAAAUCUCCUUCAUAAGCUUACCAUCCCAGGCCCACAACACCCGCCCCUCUCUCACUCCCACAAACACCACACCAUCGCAGGAAUUGGGAUUGGACAGUUCAGUUGACUGGAUGGCUGGUUUGCAAAACAGAGUGAUGCUAACGGUGUGGAUUCAAUUCCCACGCCAACCGAGGUCACCAUGAAGGACCCUCUCCCCUUGCCUGAGAUGUGGUGACCCUCAGGUUAAACUGCCACAGUUGUCUCUCUCUAAUGAGAGAGUAGUCCUAUGGUCCAGUAGGACUACAGUGACCUUUACCCAGGAAUGAGUGGAGUGAACUUUCUCUGAACUUCUGUGCACUUAGAUCCUACCUUAAAUAAAGCCAAAACUGUACCCAGUGUGCAGUCUUGCAAGCGCCCUGCAGCAAAACAUUCCUGCUUUUCCUAUCCAUUCCCCUUGCAGUAAGGCCUCACCAGAGACCUGCUAUUUGGAAGUAUUCCAUCACCCCGUGCUGAAUAUUGAAUGGCGUUAAACAAUACACCUCCAUCCAAUAACCCUUUAAUACUGCCCUUGGGACCUUGCAUAUAGCCUUUGGCUCCACUACCACCAAGGGACAUUCUUUAUCUGUGACGGCUUGUGUGCAUUUAUCCAAAAUAGGAAUCUAAUUUCAAUGGCUAACAUAAAAGUAUAACACAGAUCCAUGUUUAGAUUGUGUGGGUUAGCUCUGGAACAACAGAUGAAUUAUCUGACUUCCCGUUCUUCCAAUACAUUUCAAAGUUUCCAUAAGGAAGGAAUACAUGCUGCUGUCCCAAGUUUUGCUUGCUGCUUAAUUAGAGUUGAUUUUAACCAAUGUCCAAUGGUGAUUUAUUUACUAAUCAAAGAAUGCUCUAUUUGUGCAUUGGAAUAUGCUCAGAUUCCUCCAAUACAUUCAGUCAGUAGUACAUCCCAAAUGUGAGAGAUUUUCUGAUUUGUUUGUGGGAUGUGGAUGUCACAGUCUGGGCCAGUUUUCAUUGCCCAUCCCUAAUUACCCUUGAGAAGGUGACGGUGAGGUGCCUUCUUGAACCACUGCAGUCCAUUAGUUGUAGGUACGCCAACAAAAGGGAGUCACAUCAUGUUGAACCAGUGACACUGAAGGAAUGGCGAAAUGUAUUUGCCAUCAUGCCUGGAAGAGACCCUAUUUCACAAAACCCAUCCCUGAAUGAAUACCUUAAUGACGCAGUGGGGUGAGGUUCACUUGGAGGGGGCAGUGACCAUCCGGCACUUUUUCCCAGGAGAAGGAGUGGUGUGUGGGAGCUUCAUUCCUGCAGAGCUCACCCCCUUUUGAUUGCAAGGUCUGUCCUCCACUCAAUCCCACUCUCUCCUUCUUCCACGGAUCCCUCCACUCAAUCUCCAGAGUGAACCGUGAAGUUCAGUCGGAGCCCAAAGGACUUUUUUGGUGCGCUGAUAAUGUCCCUACAUGUGGACUAGGAGGCCCAGGCAAGCUCCACCUUCACCAGAAGUGUGCAAUAGCAUCCCUGAAUUGUCUGAUUGACAAAAGCCUCGUGGAGUGUCAUUCGAAGUCCAUCAUGGAUGCCCGAGGAACAGGAUGCAAGCACAAGAAGCGCAGGGGACAGUGUGCAGAGGGAUAUCUGGCUGGACAAGAAUCAGAUUUUGAAAGGCUCCUCCCCCUUCAAACAGCCUGACGGUCUAUGUUGCCCAGAGUCAACACUCGAAUGUUUGGGUGGCUUAUGGGGAACUGUGCCCACAGCAAAAAGUUGAAGCUUUUAAUCAGCAAACGUGAAGCAGGAGUCCGAUCCAGCUGUGUACUCUUUUGUAUUCAAUGACGACAAUAACAUAUUUUAAGUAGCACUUGUAACCUGCCAAAGCAUUUACAGGAGCAUUACCAAACAAAAUUCGACACCAAGCCCCAUGUCGAGGUAUUGGGACAUUGAGGUCAAAGUGGUAGAUUUUUAGGCAACUUUGAUAAGGAGAAAGAAGGCCAAGAGGUAUAGAAGGGGUAUUCCAGAGUUUACAACCAUAUUUGGCCAAGUAACCACAGCCAGUAGUAAUGCUUCCAUGCAUUACAAUUUUCCAGCAUCGUCACACAGGGGACUUGCAAGUGUGAAUGAGAGAAAAUGUAACAUUGGAAUGAAUAUUUCCAGUUGACUAGUACGGCUAAGAGAGACUGAGUGGUCACCUCCUGCUCCACGAUUCCUAUACAUUCAGUCAAAACUAUCAGCUCUGCUGCUUUGGAAUAAACGCUGUUAGGGUGGGAGAUCAACAGUUGCAGAUAAUACACAUUCCUGCUACAGCGGUAGCCAACUUCAACCAUGUUACUGCUGCUUUCUGUAAUCAGUCAGAGUAAGGAUUUCACCUUAAUAGGCAUGCAAGCACCGGGAGAGGGACGCAGAUUCUGUUUGGGGCAGGGUUUGGAAUGUAUGUUCGUAGUUAACAAAGUGUGGAGCUGGAUGAACACAG